UCACUUACAGCUGUCGGCGAUUUUUCCAGCAUUUUCGCACGUUAUCCGAGAUAAAUUUGUCAAUGAAAAUCAGUUCGGUUGUCGCAGGACUCUUAGUAAUUGGUUUUUAUCGACGAUUCGCUUCGGUGUCACGUUAUCGUGUGCAUUUUUAUUUUACUUUAAAAUAGUGCAGUUGUGUGUUAUUUAGCGAAGAACACGUGUGUGUCUAUGAAUUAUUUAUCAUGCCGAUUGUCGUUUUCGAGUGCUACGUGAGGCGCGAGCUAGUCAUUGUUUGAUAUUCGUAAUACCUAGAUUCAAAACUUCGCCCCGAAAUCGCUGACAAAGUGACACCGAGAUUGUAACAUAUUUUAAUUUGGCACUUAUUGUACGCAGAAUAAAUAGAAGCUCAAGUUCAGCCAAAAAUGGAUCAGAUCAAGAAAUUCCUCGAGCCAGGCAAGCAGUUCUCCAAGGACAGCAUUCGCCUCGUCAAAAGGUGCACCAAGCCUGAUCGCAAGGAGUUCCAAAAGAUUGCCAUUGCCACCGCUGUUGGCUUCUGCAUAAUGGGAUUCAUUGGUUUCUUUGUCAAACUCAUCCAUAUUCCCAUCAACAACAUCAUUGUCGGAUCGUAAAUGUCACAACAGACUUUGAAGCAUAUUGGCGGCUUAGUGUUUGACAAUUUUUUAUAUUUAUAUAAAUAUAUUUAAUCCUCGAUGAAAUGAUAGGUUUGUUUAAUCAUAAAAGCAAUGGUUUUAAGAGACUUUGUGAAUAAAUAUAGCAGGCUACCUGUUAUAUUUUUGAUACUUUUUUAAAAUUAGUCUUGUAGCUGUUACUGGUUAAUGAUGAUAUGAUUAAAUCCAAAAAUUGUGAGUUUGUGUAUUAUUUGAGAUGUGUUAGAAUUUUCAAUGAUUUCUAUUGAAGUCUGCAAUAAAUUAAUUAAUCUAAAGACUGUCAUUAUUCUUGUUGAUAUUUAAUGUCAAAAUUAUUGUGAAAUUGUGUUUCAUUUGUACUAAAAUAUUCUCAUUUUUAUAAAGAGAAAAAAAUAUAUGCGCAUGCAUGUUAAAUUAAAAUAAAAAUUUUUCUUCAAAUAUCUUUUUGUAUUUUCAUGGGGAAUAGAUAAUUGAUUUGAUAAUUCAAAAUAUUUUAAAUCAUUAAUAGCAAGGAAAUAUAUAGAAAUAAAACUGUAAAUCAAUAGAUCGGA